AUGGAGCAAGAGCUCCUAUCGCUACUUGCAGACACGCAGUCGCCGGUCGCCGGCACGAGAAAGGCCGCCGAGCUUCAACUGCUGCGUCUCUAUUCCAACGAGAAUUUCCCCCUCUCUCUUGCCGCUAUCGCCUCGCACGAUUCUGUUCCCACCAAUCUUCGCCAGUCUGCCCUUUCCGUCCUACGUACCUUUAUCGCUGCCGGCUGGUCCCCGAACUUGGACGAAUUCAAGGGUCGAAUCCUUAUCAAUGAUGUCAAUAAGGGUCAAAUUCGGAGGGUUUUAUUAGAUCUCGCCACUGUGACAGAGACUUCGGAGCGUAAAGUCAAGGCCUCUGCCAGCUUUGCGGUCAGCAAAAUCGCCAGUGCCGACUUUCCUGAGCAGUGGCCGGAGCUUCUUCCUUUUCUCCUCCAAAUAAUCAAUGAUACUAGCAGCACAGCUGGUGCCCUACAUGGUGCCUUGAAGGUGCUCCUGGACCUUGUGGAUACUGGGUUCAAUGAGGAGCAGUUCUUCAAUGUCGCCAGGGAUCUUGUUACUUCUCUCUUCAACGUUGCGACGAGCGAAUCAAGAAAGCCAAUGUUGCGAGCAUUAGCUGUCGCAGUUUUCCGUGCGUGUUUCGAUACUUUGGAAAUGGUACUAGAGCAACAUAAAGUGGCAGUAAAGCAAUUCAUGGAUGAAGUCCUCGGGGGUUGGUCUCCUUUCUUCAUCUCGACAUUGAAAUUUCCCUUACCCGAAGCUCCCCGGGAAGAAGAAGAGUCCAAGGAGACUGAAAUUGCUUCUCAGUGGAGGGGGGUUAUUGGCCUGAAACUGCAAGUGGUGAAGACUCUGAUGAAGAUCCGAAUGGUUUUUCCCGGCCUCUUAUCGGCGCAGAGUCCUGUCUACUUCUCUACGAUCUGGACGGAGCUGUCUAAUAUUCAAACUGCUUACUAUGGGUUCUAUAUCAACGACGAGAGACAAGGUCGCCUGGAAGAUGUGGACGGGCUCCCGUAUACCCUGGACUUCUUGGUUGUAGAAGAAUUGGAUCUGAUCCAAACUCUUUUGAAAGCACCUCCAGUUAAAGCUGAACUGCAGCAACAAUUGCAGAACGCCGGACAAGCUAUGACCACCUCUAGUUGGCUUCCUGAAAUUCUGAAGCUGACUGGAUCUUAUGCCCAAAUGACAACGGAGGAAGAAGGCUUGUGGGACAUCGAUGUAAACCUUUUUCUUUCGGAAGAAACUUCAGUUACUGCCAAUUACACGCCUCGCACGUGUAGUGGAGAUUUAGUUAUCAAACUCGGCGAAUGGCUUAAGGGAACCGCUGCGGAAGGCCUGGUGGUUUACCUGAACACAGUUUUUGCUGAUUCGUCUUCCACGUGGAAAGCCCGUGAAUCGACCUUGUUUAUCCUUAACCAGCUACUCCGUGACUUCAGCGAGGUGGAUCAACAGAUCUCUUCCGAGUUGGCAAACGGCGUCAAUGGUCUCAUCCAGUUCUCAAUUCGGCAGGAGCAUGAAUUCCUGAGAGCCCGUGGCUAUCUAGUUGCAGGUAUUUUAACAAAAGUUGCCGGUGAGGCAUUCCAGCCAACUGGUACUUCUUACCUUGAGGCUACCCUGAAGGCAAUCUCGGAAGACCCUUCAGAAGUGGUCAAAGUUGCAUGCAUUCGAACCCUGCAAGACCUUCUGCCUUCCCUUUCGCCCCAUGCCACUGCUCCUCUUCAAACCUCUAUCAUCUCUGCCAUAUCGGAGUUUGUCUCUUCGCAUGAUCUCCGUGAACCGUCCGAUAGUGAUGAUCUUAAAGUUACUCUCGCAGAGACACUCCGCGACACAAUAAUGGUUAACCCAAUUAUUGUUCUGUCUUCUAUUGCGAUCGACGUACUAUUCAGCAUCGCCAGCAAUGGCGCUUCUAACUUCCAGCUUACGAUGAUUGUUACCGAGGCAUUUGAGGACAUAGUGGAAUCGAUAGCAGAUCAGGGUCCUGAAUCUUUUGUCCGCCUCUGUGAAAAGGUGCUGCCUUCUCUGACGGGGGCUAUUGAUGUUGGCAAUCUCACCCAAGAGAAUGCACUGACCAAUUUUGCGGCAGACCAAAUACGAGCCCUUGCGGAAAGAGCCCUUGAUCCGCUUCCGACUGGGUUUGUAGAAGCUGUCAUGCCCAAGAUGAACCGACUAUUGCUGGAUUCGACAGAUGCGGAACUGAUUCGUCCAGCGACAGAAGCGGUUCGGCACAUGCUGUCGCACGAUUUCAACCAGUUCGUGUCAUGGCGAGAUCCUCAAAGCGGAAAGGAGGCGACUGAAGUUGUUCUAGUGAUUAUCGAUCGCCUACUGGGACCCUCGGUCAACGACAGUGCCGCUACUGAGGUUGGGCAGCUAGCGGCAGAACUAGUGGAGAAAGCGGGCUCAGAAAGGCUUGGGCCUUACCUGCCACAGCUUCUGCAAGCCGUUGCACAGCGACUCGCAACCGCCGAGCAGGCUCAGUUCAUCCAGAGCUUGAUCCUUGUUUUCGCACGAUUAACGCUCAUCAGCGCUCGUGAGGUUGUAGACUUCCUUGCGCAGGUAGAUAUUGGUGGCCAGAGCGGAUUACCGAUCGUGAUGGGCAAAUGGCUCGAGAACUCGGUCAACUUCGCAGGGUAUGAUGAAAUCAAGCAGAACAUCAUUGCUCUGGCUACACUGUACAACCUUGAAGACCCUCGCUUAGCUCAGGUUCAGGUCAAGGGUGACCUCAUUGUUCAGGACACUGGUCGCAUCAAGACACGAUCGCAGACCCGCAAGAACCCUGACCAAUACACUACAGUGGCUGCCCCAUUGAAAAUCGUCAAGGUCUUGGUCGAGGAGCUCGCAGCGGCAUCAGGGAGCAAAGAGGUCGAUGCGGCUGCUGCAGCUGCCCUGGAGGAAGAAGACAGCGAUGACGAUGGAGAGUGGGAAGAUAUCCCCAGCAAUACCCUCGACUUGAACCUGGGGAUUACAAAACAGGAACUCAUGGCGUUUGGCGAAGGCGGCACUGAAGGAGUGUUUGGCGUGCGCAAACGUGAUGACGAGACACAGGCCUUUUUGCUAGACUUCUUCCGGAAUGCAUCCGCUAAACCCGAGUUCCAACAGCUCUUUGCAGCCUUAACGCCAGCUGAGAAAGACAAGCUGCAAAGCUUGGGAUGA